AUUCUGAUAAGCUUGAAGUUUACAAAAUUAAUUUGGGUGUUGAUUCUGAUAGGCUGAAAGUUUACAAUUUUAUCUUAACGUGUAACAUAGAAUGAGUUUACUAGGUUUUGGUUCUAAAAUCUUCACUUCAAAUACUUGUUAUACUUCUGUGCUUCCUCUCAUUUCCUCUCCUUCAUUUUCAUCUCGUCUCCAUUUCCAUCACAAACUCACUCUCUCAGGGAGGAGGAAUUUAGUCACACGCACUCAAAAUCUUGGUUAUAAGAGUGAGCCAAAUCUUGUUGACUUAAUGGAAUCAGAGAAGGAAUUACCGCAAGUGAAUAGAAAUCUUUAUCCCCAUAUAGAGCCAUAUAGUACCGGCUUUUUGAAGGUUUCUGAUAUUCACACAAUCUACUGGGAGCAGUCAGGAAAUCCGAAUGGGCAUCCAGUUGUCUUUCUUCAUGGAGGUCCAGGAGGAGGUACUGCACCAAGUAACCGAAGAUUCUUUGAUCCUGAAUUUUACCGCAUCAUUCUAUUUGAUCAGAGAGGUGCAGGAAAAAGUAAACCCCAUGCCUGCUUGGUUGAAAACACCACAUGGGACCUCAUUAAUGACAUUGAAAAGCUGAGACAACAUUUGGAAAUUCCAGAGUGGCAGGUGUUUGGUGGGUCAUGGGGAAGUACACUUUCUCUUGCAUACAGUCAAUCACACCCUGACAAGGUCACUGGCAUGGUCCUUCGAGGGAUAUUUCUUUUGCGAAAGAAAGAGAUUGAUUGGUUCUAUGAGGGAGGUGCUGCUGCUAUAUAUCCAGAUGCUUGGGAGCCAUUUAGAGACCUCAUUCCAGAAAAUGAGAGGGAUUCAUUUGUAGAUGCCUACAGCAAAAGACUCAAUUCUGAUGAUAAGGAGAUCCAAUUUGCAGCUGCUAGAGCUUGGACCAAAUGGGAAAUGAUGACUGCCCAUCUUCUCCCAAAUGAAGAAAACAUCAAGAGAGGCGAUGAUGAUUAUUUUUCAUUGGCUUUUGCACGGAUUGAAAAUCACUAUUUUGUGAACAAAGGCUUUUUCCCUGCCGAUUCUUUCCUUCUAGAUAAUGUUGAUAAGAUGAGACAUAUAAACACUACAAUUGUGCAGGGAAGAUAUGAUUGUUGUUGCCCUUUGAUGUCAGCUUGGGAUCUUCAUAAGGCAUGGCCAGAGGCAGAGUUAAAGAUUGUUCCAGAUGCAGGACACUCGGCUAAUGAGCCUGGAAUUGCUGCAGAACUUGUGGCUGCGACUGAGAAGCUGAAAAAUAUUGUCAAGAAUGGACAUUGAGAAGGACCAGGCACAGCACGUUCUUUGAGGUCCAAAGCAACUUUCAAAUAGAAAAAAAUGGGGCACAUUCAUGGCAAUGUGCCUUGCAUGUACAAGAUAGUAUAUUACAAAUAAUUCUGAGAAAUAGGGUGGUUCAUGAUUGAACCCCAGUGGCUCAGCAAUAGGCAAAUCCUUGAAUAUUAAAUGAAACAUGUUCAUUAGACGGUUUUGAAGAUGGACUUGUGGUGGUUCUGUAAUGCGUAAGACCUUUUGUAUGAAAACUUAUCACUUAAUCUAUUAAAUAAUGUUAAAUACCUUGCAAAUA